CAAUUUUACAGCGGUUCAACUUGUCUCGCAGAGAGUAUAAUAUAAUGGGAAUCAUUUUUUAUCUGUUAAGAUGAUGCUGCGCAUCUUAUUCUCUUUUGUCAUUUUUGGGCAGGAUGGCGGAGCAUUACGACUACAUCGUCAUUGGAGCAGGAAUUGAGGGUUCUUGGACAGCGUAUCAAUUAAUAAAGGGAUGGGAAAAGGCACCGUCGGUUUUGCUUCUGGAGCGCUUCCCACUUCCCCACAGCCGCGGCAGUUCCCACGGGCAAACAAGAAUAAUUCGAAAUGCUUAUCCCGAGAGUUACCACACUGCGAUUAUGCCGACGGCGUUCGCAGAGUGGCAGAAAUUGGAAAAUGAGUCAGGCGCAAUACUUUUGGUUUCCAAACCAUUGUUGCUCAUCGCAGACGAAAAAGGCUACCAAAAGAUGGACACAAUAAUUGACUGUGUAAACAAAGAAAAGGAAAAACAGCCUGGAGUAAAAAUUGAUUUAAAAGAGCUUUCCAACGAUGAGCUCAAAAGACAGUUUCCCCAAGCGAAUAUUAUGGAUUGGCACCGAGGAUGCGUUGAAUACACAGCAGGAAUAUUGCGAGCUGACAAAUGUCUGGCCACAGUUCAAAGCAAAUUCAAGAAAUUGGGAGGCGUAAUUAGGGACGGAUUUGAAGUGACAUCAGUGGUGCCUGGAGAGACGGUUACUGUUAAAGGUCAAUUAAACUACCAGGAGGCACAAGUGUCAACUUCUAAAUUGGCUAUUUGUGCCGGGCCUUGGGCCUCAAAAUUGAUUGACCCCCUUUUGUUGAAAAAACUACCCCUGCAGACGUUGCGCAUUUUGGUAUUUUACUGGAAAAUCAAAGAAAACGGCCCAGGGGCCAUCCCAACUAGUUUCAUCGAUUGCGGCGAAGCAGAUUUCUGGGGCAUUCCCGAGCUAGAGUACCCAGGCUUGUAUAAAUUAUGCAAUCCUUCGUACAGCGAUUUUGUAGAUCCUGAUGACCGAGAUAAAAAUAUUGGCCAUCCAGACUAUGCUUCCAUGUCAAAUUACAUAGAAGAUAAUUUUCCUGGCUUGGAGAGCAAGCCAUCAAUUGUUGAAACUUGCAUGUACACAGUAACACCAGAUUUGACAUGCAUAUUGGACACAAUUCCAGGCCACGGAAAUAUUGCAUUUGGAUGUGGAUUUUCGGGAAUUGGAUUCAAAAAAGCGCCUGCUGUUGGAAUUAUGUUGAAGCAGCUAUUAAAUCCAGGCGAUAAAAAAAUAUUGGAUCCGUCUGCUUUUGCACUCGGAAGGUUUUAAUUAUAGCGACACAUUAAUAUAAUUAUAAAAUAAAAAGUAAUAAAAUAUUAAAAAUCUUAAUUAAAAUUGAUAAAAAAAAAAUGAAACGUUCCAUUAUGUGAGGAGAUGAGAGAUCCUAUAAAUUUAAUAUUAUGCUACUUUUGGUUGAAGUAAUAAGGCGCAUCUGUGUACCCCCCCCCCCCCCCCCCGCGGCCGGGGGUGGCAAUUCAACUGAGACCAUGAAAGCAAAACACCUGGCAACGGUAGUGUUAUUGGUCACGCGGGUGGCGGCAAUCGAUUAAAAUCAGCAUUCCACGUUACUAAAAGCGAGCGUAAAAAUGACGACGGUCAACUUUUUUGUUAGAGGCGAAAUCGCGACUGUUGAAAAUUUCAACGCAGACUCACUUUUCUUGAGUUACUGCAUAUUGCUCCCUAAUG